AUGGCCGACGAAUCGAUCCUCAACCACGGAGAGGAUCACACAGACACACGCAUAACCCGGAGGUCAUCAGGCUCCAGGUCCAGUGGGAGGGUGCACAGUUUUGGGAAGCGAGAGCAGUCCAUCAAGAGGAACCCCAAUUUCCCCGUGGUGGUGAGAGGAUGGCUCUACAAACAGGACCGCUCUGGAAUGAGGCUUUGGAAGAGGAAGUGGUUUGUGUUGGCUGACUACUGCCUGUUCUACUACAAAGACAGUAGGGAGGAGUCAGUCCUGGGUAGCAUUCCUCUGCCCAGCUAUGUCAUCUCAGCCGUGGAGCCUGAGGACCACAUCAGCCGCAAGUAUGCCUUCAAGGCCAACCACACGGGCAUGCGCUCGUACAUUUACAACCGGAGCGCUGUGAUUGACUCGCAGGUGGAGCACGGCGGCAUGCGGUCAUACUUCUUCAGCGCCGACACGCAGGAUGACAUGAACGGCUGGGUGAAGGCCAUGAACCAGGCGGCGCUGAUGCAGAACCAAACCGACAGCCUCAAGAGGCCAUUGGAAACAUCGGAGGAAUCGGAAAUGCCCAACGCGUCGGAACGCCAGGGGGUCCCCCAAACCAACCACGUCAACAACUACACAAAGACCUCACGCGAACCCCGAGCAGACCUCCAUCUCCAUAGCGAUGGAGUGGUCCUCAAACAGGCCGACAUCCGAGAAACCGAGGAGCGCUGUAGCUUCCGGAGCGACACUCUAAAUCCCAUCACUUCCAAGAUUCCUUCCCUUGGCGGCGGAAGCGUGGAAAUUCAAAUGGACGCCGUUCCUCCUAGCAGUCUCCCUCCCCUUCCCACCCUACCUCCAGACUCAGCCUCCGCACCCACAUCCGCGCCCACCUCUAGGGCGCCAUCACGUGCCCCGUCGCGCGGCGCCUACACCCUGCCCCCUGGGGCCUGUCUGAGGAACGGGACACCCAUUCCGGAACCCAACGGGAUGGGGACGGGGACGUACCAGAGGGCCACGCUGCCCCCCCAGGUGGUUGACACUCACAGGCAGGUGCAGAGGAGGAGCACCUUGGAGCAGGUGGAGCACUGGGUCAAGGUGCAGAGGGCCGAGCACAAAGGCCCCCCCUCUAGAGGGGGCACGCUCCCCCGUCACACCCCUUCGACUCAGCCCAAGUUCAUUGGCCUGGAGGCCUACCAGACGCUGCCAAAGACCCCCUGCCAGAGCCCCCCCACCGUCGCACGCCAAGGGGAGUACAAAUACGCCCAAGACCGCCUCAGCCACUUCCGACUCGGACCCUCAGACCUCCAGGGUACCGGCUCCAGGGACGGUGGUGGCAUCGGUGGGCCUGGCACCGUGUGGCAGCUCUACGAGUGGCAGCAGCGCCACCAGUUCCGCCACGGCAGUCCCACCGCCCCCCUCUAUACACCUGCCCCGGACUACCCCUUCGGGCCCCGGCCCCCCUCCACGGUGCCACCCUCGGCCCCGCGACCCAGUUCUGAGGUGCCCCGCUGUGUGUCGGUGCCCCCAGACCCCUCCGACAUCCUCCCACCGGGACCCCCGGGCUCCAGGGCCCUGUCCCCCCCACGGAGGCCCCACACACCUGCUAACCGGGUGGUGGUAAUGCCCCGGGGGGAGAGACACGCGCUGGACGUGCCGGUGGCUGGGUCCCCCCGAAGAGCCAAGUCUCAACUACUCAAGGCUGCCACCAUCGAGAGACGGUCCAUGCCUUCCUCCAGCUACAUCACACACACGGUCAGCGCGCCCAGCCUUCACGGGAAAACGGUUGAUGAUACAUACAUGCAACUGAAGAAGGACCUGGAGUAUCUAGACUUGAAGGUGAUUGGAAGUCAGACGUUGAAAGAAGCAACGAAACCUGUCAGAGUAGCCGAGAGUGAUGUGGAUGUGAAACUCAGUCGGUUAUGUGAGCAGGACAAGACCCUGAAGGAACUGGAGGUCCGGAUCAGCUCACUGAAGGACGAUAAGGACAAGCUGGAGUCGGUGCUGGACGUGUCCCACCAACAGAUGGAGCAGUACAGAGACCAGGCGGCCCACCUGGAGAAGAUAGCCUACCAACAGAGACUCCUACAAGAGGACGUGGUGCACAUCAGGGCCGAGAUCUCCAGUGUGUCCACGGAGAUGGCCCGGGCCUGGGAGGAGUACAGCAGGCUGGAGAGCUCAGUGGAGCAGUUGAGGACCGUGCUACAGGCCCACAUGAACCACAGCACCACCCCUCAGGUCAGAGCUGCUACUGCAUCUCAACAUCACUUCAACACAGCUCAGUGCUGUGCAGUGCUGCUAUUCCACUCUACGGGGACAAUGUCCACAGGUGUAGACAUGAACAGAACAUAGAGUUGUUAUUCACAGGAUGUGAUGGCAGGACUGAGUUCCAGCAAAGCCAACUACAAGAUCACAAUCGACUCGGUGCAGAACCCAGAGAGGAAACUAGUGGCUUCAGUGUCGGAUCCUGCAGUGACUUCGCAGAGCGCUAUGCCCCCUGUAGGGGAGGUUAGGCCCCCUCCUCGCAGCUCCUACACACUGCCAAAAUGGGCAGAAGAUGAGGCUCCUCCCAGACCACCCCUGCCCCACCUCUAUGACAAUGAAGACCCGCCCCCCGCCAUCCCACCCCUCCCCAAAGAGGCGUCGGUGGUAGUAAGACACACGUCGGUUCGCGGGCUCAAACGCCAGUCAGACGAGAGGAAGAGAGACCGAGAGACCGGAGGGUGUGUCAACGGAGACUUUAAGGUGGAGCUGCGGUCAUACCUGAGUGAACCAGAACUGCCAGGGAUGGGCCGGAGCAGCACAGGGUCUGCGGGGGGCUACCAGACCCUCCCAAACAAAGGUCUGUCGGGCUCAUCGUCGAGGCUUAACCAGUCCAGUAACAUCUCCUCCUAUGUGACCCUGAGGAGAGGGGCGGCCGCCUCUGCAGAGAGGGAGAGACCUAAGAGUGCUUUGGAGCAGCUGUACACCUAUGACCAGCAGCCCCAGCCUCUGGCCCAGGCCCCCCGGGGCCGCAUGAGCGCAGAGGAGCAGCUGGAGCGCAUGAAGAGGCACCAGAGGGCCCUGGUGCGCGAGCGCAAGAGGAACCUCAGCCAGGGAGAACGCCACGCCACCUCCAACACCACUACCCAUCGUUCCUCCUCCUCCACCAGGCCUCUCUCCUCCACUGACCUGGGCUCAUGGAGGCGAGAGCAACUGGACUUUGAUUUGCAGCAGCAGCGGGAGCAGAAAGCUCAGGUGGAAGAGCGACAGGUUGCCGAGGGCCAGAGCGACGAGGGGCGGAGCGAGCUGAAGGAAAUGGAGAGGAUCCAAUCAGACGAGUGGCUCAUGGUGAUGGCCACACCCAUGAGGGAGACAGACAUGGAGCCCCUCGACUACGACCUGGACCUCAGUCGUGAGCUGUCCAAGCCCCAAAAGGUGUCUAUCCCAGAGCGCUAUGUGGAGUCAGACCCCGAGGAGCCUCUGAGCCAGGAGGAGAUGGAGGAUCGUCAACGCAGAGCAGAACGCAUCAAAAACAUCCUGGCCAAGUCUAAUUUUCAGAACAUACGUCCGUCGUCUGGUGUGUCUGUCCCACUGAACUUCACUGAUUUGGACAUAGCCAUGCAGCAGCAGGAGAGGAUCAUGACUGUGUCCCACGCCUUGGCCUCUGAAGCCUCCAUUAAGAGCAAGCAGUUCACAGCCAAUGCUCAGCUGAGCUCUGACUGAGCGUUGACUCAGACGCCAAGGCACCAACAGGACCUCCUUGUGGACGAAAAUUGUUUGGAGUUCACUGGCAGAAGUGAAGUGAUUUGUUGAAUAAGGCUUUUUAUUAGAGCUAAAACAAGAUGCUUUUUUAAAGAACCAAAAAGAGUUGUUUGAAAAUCAAGAGCAUUUGAAACAACUGUGCGUGUACCUAAUGUUAAGGUUGAAAAGGAGUUGUUUUCUACAUGCUUUUGCACUUUUAUGGCGUGUUGUGUGUAAUUAUUAACACUAGUUUUUGCAAUAGAGAAUAAUUAGUAGUUUUUUUGCAGUGGUCUGUAUAUCAACAUAAAUUAAGUUCAAAGCAAUAUAUUCUAAGGUCGCAGACAGGGAAAUGGAAUGAUAUAAUUAUAUAUUUAUUUUGAGUAAUGAAAGAAUCUUGCACCAAAUUUUUCUUUUUGUAGAUCAGCAAUGCCACCUAAUGCUUUUGCCAAGCAACUGUAUUGUAUAAUUUAAAAAGGAAAGAAACCAUACUGGUGUUUUAUUGAAAUAAAGGUUUUAACAAAACA